UCUUUUUUUAUACAAUUGUGUGUAUAUAUAUAGAAGACUAAACGCAAUUGGUAUUUAUUAACAGUAUUAACACUGAUUGGUAAUGGAGGCGAUCAGGGUAAUCUGCCUGGACAGUUACCAAUCUGCGCCGAUCAUGGACGUCGAUCCGAUUUUUUCACAAUUUCGCGGCAGCGAGAUCAAACAAGUUCCUGUUUUGCGUAUUUUUGGCAUAACGCUUGGCGGUGAAAAAGUAUGUCUUCACAUUCAUGGUGUUUUCCCCUACAUGUACGUGCCCUACAUGGGACACGUCAAUCCGGACAUUCUAGCGUAUCGCCUAGCUGAAGCUCUGGACACGGCACUCAAUGUUUCCUUGGGAUCUGCCAACUCCAAAACACAACACAUUUAUAAAAUACAACAGGUUUCAGGAAUACCUUUUUAUGGCUAUCAUUUAAAAAAACAUCACUUUUUUAAAAUUUAUUUCUACAAUCCUGCCAUGGUCAAGAAAGCAACGAAUUUACUAUAUAGCGGGUCUAUUCUUGAUCAGACUUUUCAACCUCACGAAGCUCACAUACCAUACACCAUACAGUUUAUGAUCGAUUAUAAUGUUUAUGGUAUGAGUACUAUAAACCUGAAAAGUGUGAGACAUAGGUACAGUGCUGGAGCUGUAGAAAAUAAAGACCAACUAUCCCGUGAUUCCGAAAAUACCCUCAACUUUGAAUCGGACGAGAAACAAUAUAUGCCGUUUUCGGUCACAAAACAGAGUGUCUGCAAAAUAGAAAUAGAUGCUUGGGCAUCUGACAUUGGCAACAGGGACGUCAUUGAUAAAGGAAUAGAUUUGAACCCAGGCAUCGCUGCAAUUUGGCAGGAGGAGAAAGCUAGAAGAGCUCAAGCUGGCUUGGGUGGAGAUUCUCAGCUGACACCCCCAAAGAGUCCUGAAAGAUCUCAGGCAGCGAAUUUCAUGACAGACAGUGAUCUGUAUCACCAGAGUAGAUUAGUUCAACGGCUAUCUAUUCUUGAAUCACAAGGAGAUGAAAGUUCUAUCUCACUCAGCACAGAAAACACAUCGUAUCCAGUAGCUGUGCCGGAUCAUAGUAAAUUAUUGGACGCUUCUCAACUGGAAAUUCACGCAGGCCCACUGGACACGAGUAUUGCCGAAAAAUCUCAGGGAUUUUCAAGUCACGAUGUAAAUAACGAAUUAAUAUUGUCACAGUCCAAAGCUUCUUUUGGAAACUUGACAUUGGAUAGCAGCGAUCUUGAUUUUGUGGAUGUACUAGUGAAUUUAGACCAAGAAGACGGUUCCAAUAGUCAAAUCGAUAACAAUAGUAUUCUUGGAUCUCAAGCAUCUCAAAGACAAUUUUCAAAUUUUCCGUUCGAGCAGGAUAACGAAGAGGAUGAUGAAGAGGAAAAUGAAGGAACACCUGAUUUGAAUCUCACCACUUUAGACUUGGAUGCUUUUAAUUUCAGUUCUUGGGGAACUUGCGAGGAAAAAUCGCAACCCCAAACGCAAAGUUCCAGCGAAUCCCAGAUCGAACUCGUGUUGGAAUCCUUGACGGAGGCCGCACCGUCAGAUUCAACGAAGGACAUACCUCAGCUCGACGGUCCCAUUGACGAGGAAAACGCGCGUUCGAGUCCACCGCGCAAUGAAGAGGACAUCGACAAAACGAUCGAGCGACGAGAGCACGUGGCUUGCGAGUAUAGGCCGUCGUCUGAAGGCCGAAGGUCGUCGAUCACAGCAACCCCAAGGAAACGAAAACAAGCGUCGAGCAGCGAUGACGACGACUCGAGGGAUAGCGUUGCAAAGCGACGAGCGACCAGUCGUCUUCCGCGAACUCCUCGGCGAACCCCCAGCAAAAGAUCGGACGGUAAAAUAACAAGCCCUGGCUGUCCUACGCGCACCUACUCGCCGUUGAAUGUCGAGGUAAGCAGUGGCCAGAGGACGCCCAAGUCGUCGCCUUGCGCCUCAUCAUCGACGAGGACACCUUCUAGGGAAAUGGCUCGGAUGAAUCUGAGUAAAAAGAUCAUUUUUUCACCAGUUAAGGAGCUCCAGCACGAGGACGAUAACGCAACGUCUACGAAUUCGGGGUCUGUAAAACCCGUGUCCAAAACAUCCGAGGAGUUGUUCAGUACUGACAAAGACACGUCCGACAGCGACGCCACCUUGGUCGAAGAUUCGGACGAUUCGCUUGCAACGGUGAAAUCAUCGCCUCCCGAAAAUCUUGUUAUCAUUAACGAGAGCGAUUCCGACGAUCCGACGUUUUCGAGAGAAAAGCUGAGCAACUUGUCUCGCUACAGUUUUCCCCAUGACAUUUUGGAUCCAGUUGCAGAGGAAGCAUCUCCAGAGGGAACUAACGACGAAACGACCUUCUCUCAGUUUUUGGAGAUGAAAGAGAUAAUGUCGGGUGGCAUGCCUUUCGCGAGAAAAAUCCCAGAUGGGAGUAAAGCUGCAGGAGCGCAGUUAUUGUCGCUCAGUCGAGAGUGCGUCAUUGAAGCUCUGGAGCAGCACAAAAAACCCAAGCGCGCCAACGUUCAGCCUUUUUUUAGCAAACGAGCGGACGCUGAUGCUAUGGCACGGCACCCACUGCCAGCUGGCGCGCUGUUCAGAACCAAAGGACCGCCGUCGAGCGAAGAAUUUCGCUCGUGUCUCAAGGAUGUUUUGGGUGACUGGGGGCAACUCGGAAUAUCGACCGACGGAGUCGUCACAUCGAUCGAUCCAAAGGAUGCAGUGGUCAAUGAAAUGGUCCAAAUCACACCGCUGUUUCUGCCACCGAGUCGCGAAAGCGUCGAGGCCUGGCUGGAAGCUGAAAACCAAAAGGCGAGAGAAGCCGAGAAGAAGAGGAAGGAAGAGAAGGUCAAAGAGUCGUCCCAGAGGUCGGAUACUAGCACGAUCGUGGACUCACCGUUCGAUUUGUCGGUGUACAAGGGCUUUGGCUUCCAGAGCGAAGCGUCCAAACACCUCGGAGUGACUUGCGGACAGAUCGAGUUUACUAAUCACAAGUCUCCUCUCAACGUCGCUCACGAAAAUCUUGGAAACGCGAAGGCACUCACCAAUCAUCAAUUUCUGACAGUUUUGUGUUUGGAAGUGCACGUGAUCACGAGGCCGAAUCUUCUGCCCGAUUCCCGAUACGAUCCGAUCGUAGCGAUAUUUUACGCGAUACACAACGACGUGCCCCCAGAUUGGAGCAAAGUGAAGCCACUCGAGUGCGGCGUGAUAAUAGCAGACUCGAGCAAAGUCGGUUCCAACGUCGCAAGUUCACAGCAGCAAUCCUUGACGUACGUCGAGAGCGAAGAGUCUCUGCUCGAAAACUUGUUAUCCAUCAUCGAUCGCUGUGAUCCGGAAAUCUUAAUCGGCUGGGAUCUGGAGACGCAGUCGUGGGGCUACUUGUUUCAGAGAGCAUCGGUGCUCGGGAGAAAUUUGAGCGGAAAAAUUUCCCGGAUUCCCAGUGCAAAGUGCAAUUGGGAGACGUCGAACGAUCAGGCAACCCAGGAGUGGUACAUCGAGACUUUGGCUGAAGUCAAGCUGCCCGGCCGAAUUGUGCUCGACAUAUGGCGAAUCAUGAGAUACGAAAUCGCUUUGACGAGUUACACUUACGAAAGCGUAAUGUAUCACGUGUUGAACGAGAGAGUGCCGCAUUAUAGUUUCGAUGUACUAACGAGUUGGUGGAACAAGCCCUUGUGCCAGUGGCGCGUCAUCGAUCAUUACACAAACAAGGUACUGGGCAUUCACAGAAUCCUACAUCACCUGGACAUCAUCAACCGGACGAGCGAGCACGCCCGACUCUACGGCAUUCAAUUUUACGAGGUGUUCUCUCGGGGCUCGCAAUUUCGGGUCGAAUCGAUGAUGCUAAGAUUGGCUAAACCACUGAACUACAUACCCGUCUCACCGUCCUCGCAUCAACGAGGCUGCAUGCGCGCUCCCGAAUCGUUGCCCCUCAUCAUGGAGCCCGAAUCUACGAUGUACGUCGAUCCCGUGGUCGUGCUUGAUUUUCAGAGCCUCUACCCGAGUAUUAUCAUCGCCUACAAUUACUGUUUUUCCACUUGCUUGGGUCGCAUCGACAACAUUGGAGCCCCUCAUCCCUUCGAAUUUGGAGCUACGAACUUAAAAGUACCCAAGAAUCUAGCGUUAAAAUUACAAAACAAACUGAACUACGCGCCCUGUGGCGUCGCGUACGUCAAAAAAGAAGUACGCGAGGGUAUUCUGCCCCGCAUGCUCAUGGAGAUUCUCGACACGAGACUGAUGGUCAAGAAGGCGAUCAAAGAUCACCCGAAGGAAGAUCGCGGCUUGCAAAGGGCACUUCAUUCCCGACAGCUCGGCCUCAAGCUCAUCGCCAAUGUCACAUACGGUUACACAGCCGCGAACUUCAGCGGCCGCAUGCCUUGCAUCGAGGUCGGUGACAGUGUGGUGAGCAAAGGUAAGGAAACCCUGGAACGAGCUAUCAAGGUCGUGGAGUCGACGAAAAAGUGGGGAGCGCGCGUUAUCUACGGUGAUACGGAUUCCUUAUUUGUCCUCCUGGAAGGGAAAUCCAAGGAGGAAGCCUUUAAAAUAGGAGCCGAAAUCGCUGAUGUCGUUACCGCGGCGAACCCCAAGCCGGUUAAGCUGAAAUUUGAAAAAGUCAUGAUGCCUUGCAUACUACAGACGAAAAAGAGAUAUUGUGGCUACAUGUACGAGAAUCUAAAUGAUGAGCCGGUUUAUUUGGCCAAGGGCAUCGAAACUGUGCGACGAGAUGGAUGUCCAGCUGGAGCAAAGAUUCUAGAAAAGUCUCUAAGAAUACUCUUUGACACGAAGGAUUUGUCAAAAGUAAAGGAAUACGUGACGAGACAGCUCGACAAAAUCCUUACUGGAAGGGCGUCGAUUCAGGACCUAACUUUCGCCAAAGAAUUUCGCGGCUUGAGGGGCUACAAGGCCGCGGCAUGCGUACCCGCAUUGGAGCUCACGAAAAGGCUCAUGCAAAAGGAUCCGUGUGCUGUGCCAAGAAGAGGCUCUAGAGUCCCGUAUAUUAUUGUUGCAGGUGGACCAAAUGAGCCUCUAAUUCGAUGCGUCAGAUCGCCAAUGGAAGUGAUUCAGGAUCCAGGCUUAAGACCUAAUGCCGUUUAUUACAUCACAAAAGUCGUAAUUCCGCCUCUCAACAGGUGUCUGAAUUUAAUUGGAGUUGACGCUUAUGCAUGGUAUAUGGAAAUGCCUCAUCGUCAAGCGCUCAACCGAUUACAAGGUGUGCCUUUAGUCAACAGCAAUCGCAAGCAAAGAACAACAAUAUCUCAAUACUUGUGCAAUACAAUGUGUCCAUCGUGCGGGCAAUCGUGUGACAGAGGUAUUUGUGCAGAUUGUAUAAAAAACCAAACUCUCACGCUUGUUAUUUUGUAUGAAAAAUGCAGACAGUAUGAAAGAAUCCAUUCAAAUAUCAAAAAGAUGUGUGAAUCGUGUAUUGGUGUAAUGGACGCCGAUAGUUGUACUUCUCUCGAUUGUCCAAUAUUUUAUCGCAGAAUGCAGGCACAAAGAGACAGUACACAAAUUUCACAUAUUUAUGAUGUAAUUCAAUGCAUGGAACAUUUAAAUUGAUGCAUUCAUGUUAUUAUGAAAAGUUAUUUUUUUAGUACAAAAUUGUUACCAUUCAAUGCAAAUCAGAUCCAUUAUUUUCGGAUUUUUAAAUAAUU